CUUUGAAGAACCUAUAAAUGCGGCUUAAAAAUGAAAAUAAAUUCAUUUUGAAAUCUAUUUACAAUGAAGUUGUUGAAGGGCUUAAUUUGCUUACUUUUGGCCAUCCAGUGGACUACGGCCCAUCCAACAUUUUCCGACUCACCAGAGCCAAAUUUCAGUAGACUCUUCGGUUAUAUUGGUGGCAUUGUCAAUGAAGGAAUAAGGCUUCACAACCCUCAGCAGCAAAGUAAAGGUGGGCAAUAUGGCGUAGGACCAUACGGUGGCGGUGAAGGACAAUCGACUGGCCUACCAAUCGUUGGAGCAUCUAAAUAUGAUAUCAUAGAUUUAAAGGCUGGUCCAAAAAGUUAAAAUGGGUCUACUCCUGGUAAGAAGCAUCAAAUGUCAAAUGAUUGUUAAAGCUAAAGCUAUAAAAAAUUACUUUUUUAAUUAA